AUGAAGUUCGCACAUACGCUAAUCCUGAAUGCGGUUCCGGAUUGGAUUGAUCAAUAUGUGGAUUACGACCGGUUGAAGAAGCUCGUAUAUCAAAUUGAACGGCUUAAUGUACAACAAGUGUUGGCAAGACGACCGAGUCUAGCACGUACAGCUGAAGAAGGCAGCCUUGAAAAGCAUGAUCAGGAAGCUCUGGUAGCUGCUGAAGCCGCGGCUUCUGCUUCACGAGGCGAGCCGUUAGCAGACUAUGUACCCAAUGACGACGACAAAAAGUUUAUUCAAGAGUGCGAUCAACAACUGGAUAAGGUGUGCAAGUUCUUUGCCCAGAAAGAAGCCGAAGUAUUGGAUGAAGCUGCCACAUUACGCAAGCAAUUCGAUAGCUUUGGAAUACCACUUCAAGAUGAGACCCUAGCCAAUGCACUAAGGCAUGAUGAGCCUGGACCAGAAUGCAAGCUUGAGAGAUUGGAUACAUUACUUGCAGGAAGAGAAGACUUGACACCACCACACACCACAACAACACAACCAACUACAACUUGCAGCACCACCGCACAUUCCACCAAUACCACUGAAUCCGAAGACCAGCAACUCAACUUACGACGCCAUAAUACGAUUAGUGGUGGUUUACUCAGUCGUUCAUCCACUGUGGGAUCAACAUCACCACCGACGCAUCCUAUCACACGUUCACAAACGGUUUCCGUUGAUGGUCGUACUUCACGCUUUUAUCCAAAUGCUGCUGCCAACGACGAGUUGACUCGUUCACCAUGGGAUUGGAUGGAAUCAGCACCUUUACGCAACUUUCGCUUUUUACAACGACGAGAUUCAGUACGCACACUCGAUGAAAUCGCCAAUGUGGAUGAAUUUAAUCGAUAUUACAACUUUCGAGCUCGAUGCACAGACGUCUAUAUCCUGCUAUCAGAGAUCAAGUCCUAUGUUCAACUUAAUCAUGAGGCCUUUCGCAAGAUCCUCAAGAAAUGGGAUAAGAUCACAGGUGCUCGGCUACAAACGACUUAUUGCAAAAACGUCAUCGAUGUUGCACAUCCAUUUCAGCAAGGUCGGCUGGAUGAGAUUGAAAUGGCCAUGAAGCUUAUCCAGAAAAUGUAUGCUGCCGUCUUUACGAAUAAUGAUGAAACGAGGGCUGUCAGCGAACUCAAGUUGCACAUGCGUGAAAAGAUCCACUUUGAGCGUAACACUGUAUGGAAGGAUAUGGUAUCCAAGGAACGUGAGACAUUUGAUGCACGUGCAGUGGAAGAGCAACCAGGAUAUCAGUUGCCAUGGAUCAACUUUUUCAUCAGCAAAAACACCAUUCAUUGCAUCGUCACUUUGGCCGUAAGCUUGGCGUUCUUUAUUCCCCUGCUUUGCAUUGAUACACUUGGUCAUGAAGCAGCAAGCAAAUGUCUGGCGCUAUUGGUCUUUGUAGCAUUGUUAUGGGCGUUUGAGACCCUUCCAUUGUUUGCCACCGCCUACUUGAUCCCAUUGUUGGUUGUUCCCAUGGAUAUUGUUCGGGAUAAUGGGCACUCUGUAAAUGCAGCGGAUGCAUCCAAGGCUGUGUUUUCAAGCAUGUUCAAUGGUACAAUCUUGGUGCUCUUGGGAGGUUUUGCAAUAGCAGCAGCACUUAGCAAACAUGGGAUUACCAAGGCAUUUGCAGCUGUCGUAUUGAGCAAAGCAGGUACUCGGCCUCAAUACGUCAUCUUGGUCAACAUGUACUUGGCAGCUUUUCUUUGCAUGUGGAUUAGCAAUGUAGCUACGCCUGUUCUUUGUUUUUCGCUUGUACAGCCUAUUCUACGCACGUUGCCACCGCAUUCUUCAGUGGGCCCAUGUCUUAUCCUUGGCAUUGCUCUUGCAAGUUGCAUAGGUGGUCUCUCUUCACCCAUUUCAUCACCACAAAAUAUCAUUGCUAUCCAAAUGCUUAAUCCAAAUCCAGGAUGGGGUAUCUGGUUUGCUGCCGCUCUUCCUCUCACCAUCAUUUGCAUAUUGACAACUUGGGGCAUGCUACUUCUUUACUUUCGACCUGGCAAAACAACACCACGGAUCAAUGCUGUCAAAUCAACUGGAUACGGAUGGCCUAGCUAUUCACAAAUUUGGGUCUCGGUUGUAUGUCUGGCAACAAUUGGCCUAUGGUGCAGCGAGACAGCUGAUCAAGAAUUCUGGGGUGACAAUGGCACUAUUGCGAUUAUCCCUUUUGUGUUGCUGUUUGGAACAAGGAUGCUCAAUAAGACUGAUCUCAAUAACUUUUUGUGGAGUGUGGUCACGUUGGCACAAGGAGGCAUGGCUCUAGGAUUUGCGGUUGAUAGCUCGGGCCUACUUGAUAUUAUCGGUCAUCGUAUCGCCAAUGGCAUAGAAGAUUUGCCUGUGAUUGCUAUCUUGUUCAUUUUCGGCAUCCUGGUUCUCGUAUUCGCCACUUUUGUUAGCCACACAGUUUCAGCAUUGAUCAUUCUUCCUAUCGUCAAGCAAGUUGGUGAGCAACUAUCACCUCCACAACCCAACUUGCUAGUAAUGGUCACUGCACUGACAGCUUCGGUCGCAAUGGGUUUGCCAGUAUCAGGAUUCCCCAACAUGAAUGCGAUUAUGCAAGAAGAUGGUACCGGGAAGACAUAUUUGAAGAUGAAAGACUUUAUUUGCUGUGGCAUUCCAGCAUCCAUCAUAGCCGGUGUUAUUACCAUUUUACUAGGCUACGGCAUUAUUAGUGGCAUUGGAUACUAA